AUGGCGACGAGUGUACUGCGGUUCUCCCUGCGACUCUCAACCAGGAAAACAGGCAUACUAAGCCGUAACCCUGGAUUGAAAACAUCAGCCAUACCCAGGACGACUCAAAGCAGGACUGCGGUGUCCACGCCGUCCGGGGCAAUCCUUCCAAAACCAGAUAAAACGCCUUUUGGCCUCAUCCGCAUGACAGCAGUGGUGGUGCCUUUCCUGUAUGUGGGAACUCUGAUAAGCAAGAACUUUGCUGCUCUCUUGGAGGAGCAUGAUAUCUUUGUUCCUGAAGAUGAUGAUGACGACGACUGA